GGUGGUGGAGGUAGCCUCAAUGUUCAUUCCCUCUCAGUUAAUUCCCAGAGAGGACCUGAAGGAACGGUCCAGUUGAAGGAUGGUCUGUCAAUCCUGGAGCUCUUCCAUGGAAAUACCCUGGCCUUCAAGGACCUCGGUAUGACCUGCACGGUGCGCUUUCUGGACUACUUUCUGCAGAAGGAUAAAUGCAGAGCUACUGUUCUGGUACAUCAGGUGAUACAGGUGGCUCGGCCAUCCAGAGCGCAAAAGGUCUCUGUGGCUUGGAUGUGGUGGUAGUUUACCCUCGAGGACGCAUUACUCCUGUUCAAGAGAAACACAUGAUCACUUGCCUGGAGGAUAAUAUUCACGUCUUUGCAGCGGACGGCUCGUCAGAUGACAUCGACCAGCCCCUUCGGCAUUUAUUUGCUGAUCAGGAGCUGGUGAAAUAUCACGGCCUCAUGAGCCUUAACUCCGUCAACUGGUCUCGUAUCAUGAUCCAGCUCACUCAUUUCAUCUAUGCGUACCUGGAGCUUAGUGGUAUGACUCAGUCUGAGGAUCACAAACCACUGCCUCAACUGGAGGUUGUGGUUCCCACUGGGGGAGCAGGGAACAUUGCAGCUGGCUUCAUUGUGAAGCAGAUGGGGUUGCCCCUGAAACUGGUGGCCAUGGUGAAUGCCAAUGACAUUGUUCACAGGGGAGUGACCUUCGGCGACUUUACCAUGGCAGCCAUUGUCACACAGACACUGGCUCCUGCCAUUGACAUCCAGAUGCCUUUCCUGACGCAACCCUUCUGCAUUUAUUCGGAGAGAGAGCUGAAGCCAAUCCCACCUAACUUCGGGCAGCGGCAGACUACACGCCGAACUGGUCACCAGCCAGUCGCAGUGCAGAUGUCGACACCAUCACUGAGUGGGAAUCGAUCCCACGCUGCCUUCACUCAAAAUGUCCCUCUGAGGCAAACCCGAACUACAACGUGGCUCACAAGAAAAAUGAGUUUGACAUCCCUGCACUACACCAUCAAAAAAAAAAAACAACAAGACCCUUACAACAUGGAGCGAAUAUUCUGGCUGCUGUUGGAAAGAGACAGUGCUUUGGUGAAGAAUAUGAUGGAGGAGUUUCAACAUUUCCACAAACACAUUUUGCUUGAAAACCACCAUAAACUGUUGUCCCGUACUUUGUCAACUGGAACAGUGACUGAUGAAGGCAUCUUGGAGACGAUGAGGAGAUGUUGGGAGGAAAACCAGUAUGUGCUGUGUCCCCACACAGCAGUUGCUGCAUGGCAUCACUACCACUGUCCUCACAAUCCUGCUGUUAAAAGGUGUUACCUCGCCACAGCAUCCCCAGCCAAGUUUCAAGCAACAAUAGAGAGAGCAGGGUUGAUAUUUGAGCUACCGGAAGCAGUUAAGGCUUUGGACAUGUUACCAUCACGAUACCAGAACUUGGAACGCACCUUGGACUGGUGCAAUGACUGGGAGCAGAGACUAAGAAUGACACUCCAGUCUGUGAGUUUAGCCAGAAAAAACAGAGUGGCUUAUUACAACUGAUUUUAGGAGUAAAAUAUAAAGCACAAUAGUUUUAUAGAUUUUAUAUUCUAAUUGAUAUAUACGUUCCAAUAUAUGAUUUAUGUCCUUUAUGAUUUUUUUUUCUAUCACACCACAAGGUAUCUGCAAUUCAUAAUCAAAGGGAUGCAAACAUUUAAAUUCAAAUGAUGGGAAUUGAAAAGAUAUUUGAAUUUAUUAAACGUUGUAAACCCUCAGGUUUUAAGAGGAGCUUCAACUUACACAGUGUUGUAUACUUUGUAGUGUACACCACUGAGAUCAAACACCAUCUCCCCAACAACUGCCGAUAGUUGACAUUUUUCAUUUUAAGGGCGAGUCGUGUGCUUCUAGGUUGACCCUAGUUCCAAAGUCAGUCCGAUGCAGGGACACAUUCGUGCCAGAAGAACAAGAAUGACAUGCUCACUGGUAUUGGCUAAAGUGUUGUUUGUGUUCUGGAACAAACUCAACAUUGUUAAAUUGCUGUAGAGUAUAUGCAAUUGAAAAAGGCCAUAAGCUCAAAUAACUCAUAAAAACUGAUUAAAGUUUUCUUUAAUGUUAAGUAUAUAUCCAUCCAGCCAUCCAUUUUCUGAGCCGCUUAUCUUCACAUGGGUCAUGGGAGUGCUGGAGCCUAUCCCAGCUGACAAUGGGCAGGAGGCAGGGUACACCUUGAACUGGUUGCCAACCAAUCGCAGGGCACAAGGAGACAGGCAACAGUUGCACUCACACCUAGGGCAAUUUAGAGUCUCCAAUUGAUGUUUUUGGGAUGUGGAAGGAAACUGGAGUGCCCAGAGAAAACGCACGCAGGCAUGAGAACAUGCAAACUCCACACAGGCGGGGCCGGGAUUUAUAUACAGUACUUACAUAUAUCUAUUGUAUGUAUUUCUUUCAGCUUAUCCCGUUAGGGGUCGCCACAGGCUGUAAUCUCAGAUGUACGCUCAUAUUUAUUUGGCACGGUUUUUACGUCGGAUGCCCUUCCUGAUGCAACCCCUCUGCAUUUAUGUGGGGAGAGAGCUGGAGCCUAUCCCAGCUAACUUUGGGUGAAGGCAGACUACACCCUGAACUGGUCACCUGCGAUUUUUACAUAUACAUAUACAAAUACAGUGCCUUGUGAAAGUAUUCGGCCUCCUUGAACUUUUCAACCUUUCACCACAUUUCAGGCUUCAAGCAUAAAGAUAUAAAAUAAAAAAUUUUUGGUCAAGAAUCAACAACAAGUGGUACACAAUCGUGAAGUGGAAUGACAUUUAUUAGGUAUUUUAUACCUUUUUAACAAAUAAAAAACGGAAAAGUUGGGUGUGCAAUAUUAUUGAGCCCCUUUACUUUCAGUGCAGCAAACUCACUCCAGAAAUUCAGUGAGGAUCUCUGAAUGAUCCAAUGUUGACUGAUGAUGACGGAAUCGAGCUGUGUGUAAUCAAGUCUCCUUGUAAAUGUACCUGCUCUGUGAUAGUCUCAGGGUUCUGUUUAAUUUGCAAAGAGCAGUGUCAUUACCAGAACGCUAGGGUGGACCCAAAUGCACGACUCGGUAGACAGGGAGGCAGUUAAAGGAAGUUCUUUAUUCGUUCCAAGGUCUUAAGCCGGAGAGUCAUUCAGAGUGAGCAGCAGUAUCAAGAGCGUCAAGCUUACGGGGUUGGUCGGAGAACAGGCAGAGGUCGGUACGCAGGGGUUCAGGAUCGGGAACGACGAAGUCCGGGCACGAAACAUGGAUGGCAACGAUCUGGCAAAGCCAGACCAUCCGCUGGGUCCUAUAUAUAUAUAUCUAUAUAUAUACUGGGGUUAAUUAUCCCUGAUGAGGCGUAGGUGUGCAGGGGACCUGCACCGCCAGGGCUGGAACCGACAGGACCAUGAGAAGCAGUUUUUAAAAUUUCGUUUAAUAUGUAAAAUAACAUGCCUCAACUCGUGCUCAAAUGUGCUCCUAGUCCCAAAAGAGAGGGAGCAGUAAAACAAUCAGCCAGAGAUGGGACUAUUUGCUAUAAUCAUUUAGAAUUAUAUUGAUUGGGCAUUUUUUAAAUUUCAAUCACUGUUGUCUGAUUUCUGUUAAAAGUCACUUAAGUUAUCACAAACGUACAACUUCUACACUUUCAAGAGAUUUAAUCGGUGAUGGAAGGUUUCAUCUGGAUAUUACUCAGUGACCAAGCAAUAUUUUCCCUUUAUCUCGUUUUAGUUUAGCUAUCAGUUUCAGUUAUUAAUUUGCCACCUGCAAUGAAGUGCUUUAAGUGCAUUGGCUGUGCAUUUUAAUUAGCUUAGGAUUUUGAGAAAUACCUACAAAAUUUCAAUACCGUGUGGAUGUGUAUUAAAAAAAUAGAAACAUUUGUGAUUUCUCUCACAUUUCUACAACAAGCUUAAGCCUUAGAUGUAUUAAUUAAAUUUUCUCUACAACAAAUAAGACUUGUGGUGUUUACAUAAUUCACCUGCAGGACCUCGAGUUGGGGUGCGGGGUUCCGCACAGACUGUUUUUGUUGUUGCUCUUAAAGAGUAAAGGUUAACAGAGUUCCCGCCGUAAUGCGAGUAGUGUUUUGAUGUCUGCCAAUAAAACAAGUUUUGUUCCUGUG